AUGGCGGAUUCCGAUUUCACAGAUGACGAGUCAGAAUAUGACAGCCGGUUAACUUUCAGCAUCAGCAUAAUGGAGAGGGUCCUCGCGCCAUUCCGCGCGCUGGUUUCCAAGUCCGCCCUACGGAUCUACCUCAAUACCUUGCUAUUUAUGGGCGCAGCAUCGCUCCUGAUUGGUAUAUCCGCAAUUGCAUACGGAGUGUUCUAUCUCAAAUUCAUUCCUACGGUCGGGCUACAGCGCGAAGUUCAUCUACAAUUCGGCAAUGGUAACCCCUGGGGCACUGCUCAUUUUGACUCGGAGCUCGUUGCUCUCCAGCCAUACGAUGUGUCUGUGACGCUUGAAUUACCGCGCACGCCCUCGAAUAUCGAUACCGGCAACUUCAUGCUCGACCUCACCCUCUUCUCCUCCCGCCCUGCUUCGCUCGUCCUUCCUGGUCCUGCAAAUACCCCCAUCUCGCAGGCACGUCGUCCUGCAAUCUUGACAUAUGCAUCGCCGAUGGUGGAUGUUGCCCGGAGAGCAGCGCGCAUGCCGCUCUAUGUUGUUGGCUUGCACCGGGAAUUAGAGAAGCUGGAAGUUCCAAUGAUGGAGCAGCUGGAGUUUGCCAAAGGCGCGCGAAAUCUACCACAAAGCCUGCGGCUCGAGAUCCAGAGUGAUUUGAAGAUGCAGAUCUACACCGCGCGCGUCGAAUUUCGAGCUAGACUUACGGGGCUUAGGUGGCUGAUGUAUCGUUGGAAGAUUACCUCUCUUGUGGUCUUUAGCUCUCUGUUCUGGUUUGUCUCUAUGCUCUCUGCUAGCUUGACAUGGCUGGCGUUGACUUGGGUUUGGGGGACUACGCCUAAUAAUGAGAUCAAGGAGGAGCCGCUUGAUCUUGCCAAGGAUGAACCAGAUGAUAGGAUCUCUUCUGAAGAGUCUGUCAAAAAGGAGGAAUCAGAAAGUAGUUUGCUUCAUAUUUAUCCAGCCGAGGGUGAAGCGAUGGGCUCUGGGUUGGAAAGUGCAAAAGCUCGUGGAGUGCAGAAACGGCGGAGUCAUACCCAAGCAGAUUAG